AGUGGCUAGCGCUGAGCUCAGAGCAGAGCCAGCCUCUACUGGUUGUGCUGCUCUCCCCUGCGUAAACCAGCCGAGCAGCAGAAAGAGCAAACAGUCAGUCACCGUGUGGCUUAUGGGACGAGGAUCUCCUGAAGGGGACCUACUGUUCCUGCGGCCGACGAGGAUAUUAUCCCGGAUAUUUGUAGCAGAGACCCUGCAGCCUUCCCCUCGCCGGCCAAGCCUCUGAGUCUCUCCACGACACAGUCCGCUGUCUUCUUCCUGAACAAGCUGAAGCAUAACUCUCUGCAAAGACGCAAGGAAAAGCUGGCAUCUUUGAAGAAAGAAAGAGAGACCACAAUGGAAGAGGAGGACAGUACGGUGGUGCUGCCGGUGUCCCCUGAGCGCACUCCUUCACCUAUCCCUGCUCCUGAGCCUGAGCUUGAGCCUGAGCCUGAUGCUUGUGUGUCGUUGACAAACAGUGAUGAGUGUUACUUCUGUGGACAGAGGGUCUACGUGCUGGAGAGGGUCAGCGCUGAGGGAAAGUUCUUCCAUCGAAGCUGCUUCACCUGCCAUCGCUGCAGCAUCACACUCAGACUGGGAGGAUACACCUUUGAUCAGACUACAGGGAGGUUUUACUGUGAGCUGCACUCUGAAGAACUGGAGCUGCAAAACGGGGCAGAAACAUCUUGUGUUCCAGCCAAGCGCAAUGAGCUGUACUAUGAAUGCUGUAAGGAGCCCUACCCUGAUGUGACAUUCACAGUCACUAUGCGCCGCAGGACGUUAUAUUAUGGACUUAACUUGCUCAUCCCAUGUGUGCUGCUCUCUGGCUUGGCCAUGCUGGUCUUCCUGCUACCUGCAGACUCUGGAGAAAAGAUUUCUCUGGGCAUCACUGUGCUCCUUUCGCUAACUGUCUUCAUGCUUCUGGUAGCAGAGAUCAUGCCUGCAACGUCCGACUCUGUUCCUCUCAUCGCCCAGUACUUUGCCAGCACCAUGAUGAUAGUGGGGAUGUCUGUGGUGGUGACAGUUAUAGUCCUGCAGUUCCACCAUCAUGAUCCUCGAGGAGCCAAGAUGCCCAAGUGGGUUCGGGUGGUUCUGCUGAACUGGUGUGCCUGGUUUCUGCGUAUGAAACAACCCGGCGAUGAGCGUAAGCGGGCAGGUUACAAGCAAAGUCCCAACUCCCAGCACCACUCCAGCACCAGCUCCAUAGAGAUGGGCACUUUACCAAACCUAAAUAUGCCCCUCUCACAGACAUCUUGCCCACCUUGUCCCACCGGCACCUCCAACGGUUCAAUGAGCCUCUACUUUGGCAAUUACCACUCCGUAGAGAGCCCACAAUGCCCGCCUUCCAGCGACUCUGGGGUAGCACUAGGGGGCCGUGCCCAUGGCUCCCCUGGUGAUGAGGCUGAGUCAUCUGGGGGAGUUGGCAGUGGUGUUGGAGGCCUGGGGAUGGGAGUUGGACCUGGGAUGGGAGUCAGCAUGCCCCCUCCAGAGAUCCAGCGCAUCUUAGAUGAGGUGUCGUACAUAGCCCAGCGCUUUCGGGAACAGGACAAGGCCGAGGUCAUCUGUGGCGAGUGGAAGUUUGCAGCGGCGGUGGUGGACCGGCUGUGUCUGGUGGCUUUUUCUCUCUUCUCCAUCAUUUGCACCUUCACCAUCCUCAUGGCAGCACCCAAUUUCAUAGAGGCAGUUUCCAAGGACUUCACAUAGCUGGUUGAAGCAGCAGUGGAGAGUGGGAAGACAGCAAAGAUUAGGGUUGAAGAAAAUAUUAAGAAAGAAAGGGGAAGGAUACAAUGAAGGGUGCAGUUUGUGGUCCCAUACCUACAGUCAGGGUUCCCCAUUGGAAAGGAGCUGGGGCCAGGCAGUGUUUUAUGAUAAAAAAAUAUGUACGGAAGAAGCUCAAGAAAGUAAAAUUGACAAAAUCAGGAAACAAAAUAGUCAUGAUUGAUCAAUAAAUAAUCACAGAGAGGAACCAUAAUGUUUUACUCGCACUUCUAAAUGAAGAAGAUAAGCAUAAUGCAUUGUCCCACACAGGUUGUUCAUAUGUAUAGAAUGAAAUAGGUGUUGCAUGCAGACUCAACAACAAACCUGGAGUGACUUGAGCUAAAAGGUUGGUAAUCACCGGGGCGGUAGGGGAGGACACUGUAUAUAUUUUUAUUUUUGACAUUUCAAUGAGUGGAAGAUAAUGUUGCAAUAAUGUUGUACCCUGAAAACACUGUUAAUACCAUUAUUUUAUCUGCACUUAUUUUAAACAACUUCUUGAUUGACUGUACAGUGACUCAUUCAGCACCCCAGUCCUCCUCACUGCCUCUUAUCUUGUUUAUUUGUAUCUUUGUCCUGUAUGUACAAGAUCAUACACCAACUGUUCACCUUCAAAAGAGAAUCAGACUUUUUCUUAUGAAGUAUCAUCCCUGUAAUAAUAUUAGGUUAGAUAUUAAAACGAGAUGUUUCACUUUGAAUUGUAUUGUUAUUGCGUUCACUUUGACAACAGAAAUCAACCUUAUUGCUUUUACACAAGUGUAAAGGCAUUUUCUUUAUACGUCAGAGUAGAACUGCAUAUUAAGGAUAACUUUGUCUUGCCUGUUUAAUUUAAGACAAUAUAAUAUGUAACAUGAGAACAGUUUGGAACAGUGAUAUGAUACAAUAUUCAAUACAUUGUAUAAAAAAAGCACUGUGUGGACUGGUAUGUAGCCUACUGGUGUUGACCAGUAAGACAACAGUAAAUCUUUUAGCAAAAUGGUCUUUAACUACACAGACUUCAAUCAUUUAACAAUAUAAAAGUGGUCAAGUAAAGUAGUAUUACUGCUGAAAAAAUACCCAUAUUCAUGUAUGUUGUUGGACUUCACUGUACAAAGUGUCAAUGAAGAUAAAGAGCAAUGUGACUUUUGAACCACUGACACCAGAGACAAUGGCUCUAUAGGAAGAGAAAACUUCAGAACCACAUCCACCACCUUAUCACUGGAGAAUAUACUGUAGAUUUGUAAAAGGCCCUAUAGUGUUUGUUCGUGUUUUGUAGAGGGAGCCGAGUGACUAAUUCACACAAAGUUGUUAACGUGUUUGGUACCACCUCUUUGUUAUAGGAACAUUCAUUGGUGUCUUUAUCUCUUUUACUGUCAUUACAAGUGUGAGUUUCUUUGCUCUCUAUAAUAAUAAAAGUAUAUUUAUUCUCUGUA